UCUUUCUUUCUCUCUCUUUCGCUGCCGCUUCGUACAUUGCACAUACGCGUGCGUCCGUAGUACAUACGUGCGUGCGUUAGACAGUGCGUAGUUGGGAACGUUAUUAUUUGUUUUUUUCUUCUGACACAGUGCGACUUGCAAACUUGUGUUGUCGAUCUAUGUUGCGAUUUCUCGGAAACGUCGCUACAUAAGCCAGGGGCGUUACGCAUCGAUGUUGUAGCUGGAUUAUGCACCAGCUUUUGCUGAACAUUCUCACUGCUUUUCAGUUUGUAAAUGCUACAACAUGCCACCCAAACAGAGGAAAAUAGCUAUUAUGGGCUAUAGAUCCGUAGGUAAAUCGUCUCUUAGUAUCCAGUUUGUCGAGGGACAAUUUGUAGACUCGUAUGACCCUACAAUAGAAAAUACAUUUACAAAAAGUACACGAGUAAAUAGUCAAGAUUAUGAACUUAAAUUAGUAGACACAGCUGGUCAAGAUGAAUAUAGCAUAUUUCCUACUCAAUAUUCCAUGGACAUCCAUGGUUAUGUCUUGGUAUACAGCAUAACCAGUGCAAAAAGUUUUGAAAUUGUACAAAUUAUUUAUGACAAACUACUUGACAUCACUGGAAAGCUCCAUGUUCCAAUUGUAUUAGUGGGUAACAAAACGGAUUUGUACGUUGACCGUAUGAUCACGACAGACCAAGGAAAGCGCUUAGCAAAUUCCUGGAAUGCAGCAUUUCUAGAAACUAGUGCAAAACAAAAUGAGUCUGUUGCAGACAUUUUUCAUACAUUGCUGAUGGAGAUUGAAAAAGCCAAUGGAAAUGUACAAGAAAAAUCGAACUGCAUUAUUUGUUGAAUUGCCUGAAUUGGCAUUAACAGAAAUGUAAAUGUGUAAAACUGGGUAAAAAACAUUGGCAUUAUAUUUCUGAAACCUUCAUAAUCCCACUGACACAAAUACAAAAGUGUCAAAAGCAUAAAAGACAAAUGCAAAUGAAAAUCUGAUUACUCAUUUUUCAACUGUAUAAUAUAAAUAAUUUAGUUAUGAGAGCAUAACAAUAGAUCUUAUUCAUACAUAUAAUCAUCAAAAAUUGGUUAUUAUAUUUACAGAAUAAUUGGUGGUUUUUCAUGUCCUAAUUUAAUGUUCUGAUUAUAUGAUUAAAGCGACAAUCACUAUUUUAA